CUUUUACUGCCUCCACAUCUGGCCUCACCUCUGGAUUGGACGGACACUUUUGACGCGUCGGACUGAAUCCUCCUCAUAUGUGGACGCGCUCAGAGCAGGACCCUCAUCCAGACCCUCAGGAGACCACCGGACCAGAGAUGAUGAAGCCUUCCCUCUGGAGCCUGCUGACCUGCGCGUCCCUGCUGCUGGCCCACGUCCGGGCCACCUACCCCCCCCACCACCACCAGGGCGCAGGGGAUCCACAGCUGAUAGCCGCGCAAAGUUACGCACAAACCAGAAACAAUGGAAGACCACCCAUCAGGACCCUCAACCCAGCCAAGACAGACUCUCAGUGCAGGAGCCGACCCCUGGACCUGGUGUUCAUCAUCGACAGUUCUCGCAGCGUUCGUCCCGGUGAGUUUGAGAAGGUCAAGAUAUUCCUGGCCGACAUGGUUGACACAUUAGACGUGGGCUCUGAGGGCACCAGAGUGGCUGUGGUCAACUACGCCAGCACGGUCAAGAUCGAGUUCCUGCUCAAAGACCACUUCAACAAACCAGACAUGAAGAAGGCCAUCUCCCGUAUCGAGCCCUUGGCGGCCGGAACCAUGACAGGCCUGGCCAUCAAGACGGCGGUAAACGACGCCUUCACGGAGGAAUCUGGAGCUCGUCCUCGAACCAGGAAAAUCUCCAAGGUGGCCAUCAUCGUGACAGAUGGUAGACCUCAAGACCAGGUCGAGGAAGUGUCCGCCGCAGCCCGGGCCUCAGGCAUCGAGAUCUACGCCGUCGGGGUGGACCGUGCAGACAUGCGCUCCCUGCAGCAGAUGGCCAGCAUCCCUCUGGAGGACCACGUCUUCUACGUCGAGACAUACGGCGUCAUCGAGAAGCUCACCUCCAAGUUCCGGGAGACCCUGUGCGGUCUGGACCCCUGUGCCAUGGGACAUGACUGCGAACACAUAUGCGUCAACAGCAACGCCUCCUAUUACUGCAAGUGCCGGAAUGGUUAUAUCUUGAAUGCGGACAAGAAAACAUGUUCCCUGAAACAGGUGAAGGUGGAGGUGGUGGAGGAUCCCUGUAAAUGUGAAGCCCGGUUGGCAUUCCAGAAGCAGACACAAGCCACCAUCCAGCAGCUCACGGCCAAGCUAGCCGAUGUGUCAGGGAGAAUCGAGCGUCUGGAGAACAUGGUGGGCCGCGCCUAGAGGUGGACUCGGCGAUGAGGCUAACUGGUUUUCCUCCUGUCAGAGCCACGGACCUCUGCAACACUGACAUGUGCUUCCUGUCCUCCACCAUCCCAUAAUACUAUAUGGAUUCCAAGCACAGACUGAGACAAACUGUGAUUCAUAAACCAACAUCCCUCAAGUUACUAACAGAUGUGGACUGUUAUGUAGCCUCUGGACUAGAAACUGCUGUAAAAGCUACUUAUUUUUUCUUUAAAAACACUUUUAUGAAUAGUGUAGUAUAGUGAA